CCUCUCGCGCCCUCUCAGCCACCAUGCUGAUCAAUGUCCGCUCCGGCGAUGAGCGCAUCCAGUACUCCCUGGACCAGAAUAUGAUGGAGCUCGGCUGGAUCAUCGACAACCUCCAGCCGAAGUUCCAGCAGCUGGACCCGAAGUACAAGGCCUCCGACUAUGUGCUAGCCGUGCAGCAGGCCGUCACCCCGGCCAGCAUGGACCCCUCGGACACGCCGGCCCCGAGCAGCACCGCGCGCCGGGUCCCGGUCGAGUAUCUUACCAACCAGAACUUGCAGAUGCAUCUGCGCGAGGGCGUGGAGCUGCUGCUGCUGGUGUCGCCCACGGUGCAGGCCAUCGAGGCCAUUGCCGGCCUGUCGGACAGCGACUCCAAGCGCAUUGUCUUCGGUCUGCGGCAGAAGUUCGAGGAUCCCCUCUUCACCCAGGGGUUUGUGGCCAACGACGGUGUGCCGGUUCUGCUGAACAUCAUCCGCGAGUCGGUCCGCAAUUCGCUGGCCUACGCCCUGGAGUCUUUCCUGGCCCUGAUCCGCAACACCGAUCAGGGCUGGGAUGCGAUCCCCUAUGAGAUCAUCCUGAACGUGCUUGUGCCCGCCGUGGCCGCCACCCAAGUGAACAUUUGCCGGCCGGCGCUGGCCAUCGCCAUCAAGAUGGUCCAGUCGCCGCACUAUGGCUUCCAGCUGUUCCACAAGGCCCUUAAGGACUCCCCCCAGAAGGCCUACCAGGCCCUGGUGGAUCGCAUUUCCGAGCGCACCGAGACCGAUUCCGAGACUCGCCGGAAUGCCCUCAUCCUGAUGAAUGAGUUGCACUCGGCGGCCGACGGCGAUGAGCUUAGCGAGUUCGGCGAGGUCCUGCAGGAACAUGACUUCAGCAAGAUCAUCCUCGCCAUUUUCGAGCAGUCCCAGUCGGAGUACCUGACCAGCGAGCUGCUCCGUUACCAGUCCAACAUUUACCGUGACAUUGUCCGUCGACGCAACACCCAGAUCAACAAGAACAAUCCCCAGCAUAGCAACAUCCUCAGUAAUCUUCUGAUGGGUGCCGAUAUCCACUACAACCAGGUGCAGCAGCUUGGCUUCGCCACCGACGACCUGCCGAGCGAGCUCCAGCCGGUCGGCCUGCUGGGCCUCCAGUGCAUGGUGCAUUUCUCCCGCACACACAAGGAGUACCUUACCAAGUUCAUUUCCGAGCAGGCGGCCCGCACGGAUGGUCGCCGUUGCGGCUUCGGGCCGGCCAGUGUCGAGGUGGUCAAGGCCCUGGUGGAGAACUUCCAGAGUGCUGCCGAGCCCAACGCCUCAAAGGAGCCGGCUCUCCUGGUCUUCGAGGACGUGUACAUCUGGGCCAUGCAGCUCUUCCUGAACCUCUGGGGAUACAUGCAGGCCAAUGAGGCUGACAUUCCCAAGGUUGUGCAGCUUGUCCAGACUCAGCUGGAGUACAUGCGCACCGUGGCUUGGAGUACUGUCGACCACUAUCGCUUCCAGCUGGUGAACGCCUCUUUCAAGGAGGUCCAGCAGCGCCAGCUUCAGAACAUGGAAGCCGGGCGCGACCUGCUCCUGAAGCCCACUUGUCGCUCCCUGCGUGACAAGAUCCACAAGGAGGUGGGCGACUUCGUGCGCAACCAGCGCCUCCAGUGCAUGAUGAACGGGUCCUGGUUCCCGGUGUUCGCUCCGCGCGGGGGGCGUCAGCGCAAUGCCUUCCGCUUCUUCCGGCUGUCGCCCAACCGCCGAUUCCUGCACUAUGAGGACUUCUCCGAGAUCCUGGACUCGCCGCCCGAGCUGCCGAACCUGCCGAAGCGCGUGGACCUGUCGGACGCCACCGACCUGGCGCUGUACUCGGCGUCGCCGCUGUUUGCGCGGAACCGCGGUCGCGUGGACGACGAGCCGGUUGACUGGAUGAAGUGGACCUUCUCGGUCAUGGGCCAGGAGGAGGGCGUGUCCCUGGUGGACUUUGUGGCCGAGAGCCAGAGCCAAUUUUCCGAGUGGACCGAUGGCUUCCGCAUUCUCCUGGGCCGGACGAUCAGCUCCGCCUCCGGGCAGAUCAAGGAGACCGAUGACUUUAUCAACACCCUGCUGGACUAUGAGCUGCAGCUCCGCCUGCUGGAGAUUCGCCUGGGUCAGGUGAACAUCCCCAAUGAGGCGCCCCUGCGGCCACCGCCCCCUCCCUCGCUGGCUUUCCUGCCCUCGCCGCACGACAAUGCGUGGGCCCUCUGAAUCGGGGGAGCAGCCUGCAGGGGCCGACCAAGAUGGCCGAAGGGCCGAGGGGAAUGCGGCCCCAUGGACAUACACACACACACACACACAGGAGGAGGGGUCACUCGUCCGCACGGAGCAAGGCGGUGUCGCGAAAGUGCUUCACAUCGGCCAGCAUCCGCCAGCCGGAUCCUCCCGGUGCCCCUCCCCGUGAUGACACACAUACGGCUGUGCCGCUACGUGUGUCCUCAUUCACCAUUGCUUCCCCAUGCCCCGACGGGUGUGUCUCACCAAGCAUCCCACAUUUUUUUGCCCGCAUAUAUCCCUCUCCUCCCUUCCUCCCUCCCUCUCUCUCUCUCCCUCU